CCGCGAGCACUUGCGCGGGGCCAUCUUCGGGGCCGGGAGACCCAGCGAGACCGCGAGCGCGCGCGUCCCCCGCCCUCGAGCCGCCGCCCGCCGCCGCGCCGCGCGAUCCGCACCGGCCUCCCCGAGAGCGAGCCGGCCGCCGCGACCGCCACCGCGCUAACCGCCGCCAACCGCCACCGAGGUGCCCGGAGAGAGCGGAGAGGCGGCAUGAGCGAGGCGGGCGAGGCCACCACCGGCGGCACCACGCUCCCGCAGGCCGCGGCCGACGCGCCCGCCGCGGCGCCCCCGGACCCCGCGCCCAAGAGCCCGGCGGCCGGCGGCGCGCCCCAGGCCCCGGCGCCCGCCGCGCUGCUCGCGGGGAGCCCCGGUGGAGACGCAGCCCCCGGGCCCGCCCCGGCCUCGUCAGCCCCCGCGGGCAGCGAGGACGCGGAGAAGAAAGUUCUCGCCACCAAAGUCCUUGGCACUGUCAAAUGGUUCAACGUCAGAAAUGGAUAUGGAUUUAUAAAUCGAAAUGACACCAAAGAAGAUGUGUUUGUACACCAGACCGCCAUCAAGAAGAAUAAUCCACGCAAGUAUCUGCGCAGUGUGGGAGAUGGAGAAACUGUAGAGUUUGAUGUGGUUGAAGGAGAAAAGGGUGCUGAAGCAGCAAAUGUGACUGGUCCAGAUGGAGUUCCUGUAGAAGGGAGUCGUUAUGCUGCUGAUCGGCGCCGCUACAGACGCGGCUACUACGGCAGACGCCGUGGACCUCCCCGUAAUUACGCUGGGGAGGAGGAGGAGGAAGGGAGCGGCAGCAGUGAAGGAUUUGAGCCCCCUGCCACAGAUGGGCAGUUCUCUGGGGCCAGGAAUCAGCUGCGCCGCCCCCAGUAUCGCCCUCCAUACCGGCAGCGGCGUUUCCCGCCUUACCACGUGGGACAGACCUUUGACCGUCGCUCACGGGUCUUUCCCCAUCCCAACAGAAUGCAGGCUGGUGAGAUUGGAGAGAUGAAGGAUGGAGUCCCUGAGGGAGCACAGCUCCAGGUUCAUCGGAAUCCAACUUACCGCCCAAGGUUCCGCAGGGGACCUCCUCGCCCACGACCUGCACCUGCGAUCGGAGAGGCUGAAGAUAAAGAGAAUCAGCAAGCGGCCAAUGGUCCAAACCAGCCGUCUGCCCGCCGUGGAUUCCGACGCCCCUACAACUAUCGGCGCCGACCCCGUCCCUUGAACACUGUUUCACAAGAUGGCAAAGAGACCAAGGCAGGUGAAGCAUCGACUGAGAACCCAGCUCCAGCCACCGAGCAGAGCAGUGCCGAGUGAGCGACCCUGGCCCCCAGGCACCUGCACCACCAGCAGGGUGACCUUAAGAAUUAAUGACAAUUCAAAAACAAGGCAAAAAGCACACCCACGACCUUACCAACACCAAAGAACCAUCUAAGCAAUAAAAUGGAAGACUAACCAAGAUUUGGACAUUAGAAUGUUUACUGCUAUUCUCUACGAAACUAACAGCUACAAAGGGAAUGAGCCAGCAAUGUCCAUCAAGCUGCAUCCCGGGAACCUGCACAGGCACAGGAGAGCGGCCUCCCCAGUUUCAGCAACCACUAGCUUUAUAUUUUUUUCCUGGUUUUUACUGUUUUGGUAAUAUGAAUUAAAAGAAGAAAUAUUAAUACCACAUGGGGAUUACCCCAACCAAAGAAGUCUGAAAUAUAUAGUAAAUGCUCUUUUUCCUUUGUUGUUCAUUUUGGAUGCUGGUGCUAAACUUCCAAGUGUCAUGAUUUAAAACAAAAUUUUAUGCCCUUAUUUAUUCCUAGGAUGAGGGGAGAACAUUUUUGCUUUCUUACAUAGCUCUCUCUGAAAUGUGCAGUAACAAGUUCCUCAAAAAUAAAAUUUUUACCUUCAAAGGAGAAGCUGUGUAACUAGUGUAUAUUUUCCUGUCUUUUUUAAAAAUUUAAGUGUGUAUGUCGGUGUGUCAUGGGAGUACCUGGUACCCUUAGAGGCCAGGGAGUGGUCUCUGGAAGUGAAGGAGUUACAGAUAGUUGUUACUGUGUG